GACAUGGACCUUCUUCCAGCCCAGGAGGCCGCCAAAAUCUAUCACACCAAUUAUGUGAGAAACUCUCGCGCCAUCGGCGUCAUGUGGGCCGUGUUCACCAUCUGCUUUGUCAUCAUCACCGUGGUGGUUUUCAUCCAGCCCUACUGGAUCGGGGACAGCGUGGACACCCCGCAGGCCGGUUAUUUCGGUCUCUUUCACUACUGCAUCGGCAACGCGCUCACCUCGGAGCUCAUCUGCAAGGGCAGCGUCCUGGACUUCAGCUCCAUCCCGUCGCCAGCCUUCAGGACUGCCAUGUUCUUCGUCGGGACGUCCAUGCUCCUGGUGGUGGGCACCAUGAUCAGCUUCAGCUUGUUCUUCUUCUGCAACGCGGGAAACGUGUACAAGAUUUGUGCAUGGAUGCAACUGGCCGCAGCCGCGUUAAUGGUGAUGGGCUGUAUGAUCUACCCAGAUGGCUGGGAUGCUCCAGAGGUGAAGAGGAUGUGUGGCCAGAGGACAGAUAAGUACAGCCUGGGAAACUGCACAGUGCGCUGGGCAUACAUCCUAGCCAUCAUCAGCAUUCUGGAUGCCCUCCUGCUGGCGCUGCUGUCCUUCACCCUCGGCAACCGCCAGGAUAAACUGCUGCCAGAGGACUUUGAGGUGGAGGGAGCAGAUAAUUCCUGAUGAGCUCAUGAGCCUUAAGGAUCCAAGUGUGGUGAAGACACAUUUAAACAGCGCUGCAUUUUGGCGACGUUUGAUUGAGAUUUAGC